CUUCUUCUGAAAUCCCCCGCCCCCCAUCCCAUCCCCGACUCGUCUUCCUUUAUCUCUCCUCCUAUACAUACACUUGUAUAUACCUGUAUCCACACGCGUAUGAAGCUCCUGCUGCCGUUAAUUCUUGUUAAUUUUGCGCCUAUUUUCUGGAGGCGACAUCUUGGUGAAUUCUUGAUUGAUUUGAAUCUGAGCUGAGUAAUGGCAGGGUUUGCAAUUCCAAGUUUUGAAUUUUUUGUGAUUUCUAAUUUGUGAAGUGAUCAAUUUUGGCGAGAUUUUGUCAAUUUCCAUUGAAGAUUAUUUUGUUAGUUUUUUGCGCUCUUGGUUAUUUAGCAAGGAAUUACGGAAAUUGGCAGCCUCAAUUUUUCUUUCUCCUUUUCUUUUUGCGUUUUGGGUUUUGUUAUCGUUAAUUCAAAUGGAGCAAAGCGAGGGAGGGGAUUUCCCUCCAAAAAAUGCUCAAUCGGAGACUACUGGUCAGCAGCAGCUGCCGCCGCAAGUGGGGACUGAUAUUCCGGCGAAGAAGCUAGCCAGGCAGCUCGAUUUUACGGGGUAUACUGGCGUUUCAUCAGCCGCGGCUUCUUCUGCUACAUCAACGGCGGCUUUGAGGGAGCAUACUCAGCAAACUCAGCCGCCGCAGGUGGCCGUUAGGCCGAGCCUGCCGCAGCCCCAGCUCCAGCAGCCAGUUCCAAGGCCGACUCAGCCGCCGAAGUCUCAGCUGCAGCCACAGCCUCAGCCACCGAUACCUUUGAUGUCCAUGCAGCAACCUCCUGUGCCACCUGCUGUACAUCCUCAGAUGAGGCCUAUGAAACCUGAAUCACCAAGACCACGGCCAAGAUCGAAUGCAGGUGACGCUAAAGAUGGUACCCCCAAGAAACAAAAACAAUGUAAUUGCAAACACUCGCGAUGUUUGAAAUUGUACUGUGAGUGCUUUGCAUCUGGAAUAUACUGUGAUGGCUGCAACUGUGUAAAUUGUUUUAAUAACGUUGAAAAUGAAGCUGCCAGGCGAGAAGCAGUUGAAAAUACUUUGGAGCGUAAUCCAAAUGCUUUUAGACCAAAAAUCGCUAGCAGUCCACAUGGUAUUCGGGAUAGUAGGGAAGAACCUGGGGAAGGUUUAGUAAUCGGAAAGCAUAAUAAAGGUUGUCACUGCAAGAAAUCAGGAUGCCUUAAGAAGUACUGUGAGUGUUUUCAAGCGAACAUUCUUUGCUCGGAAAACUGUAAAUGUAUGGACUGCAAAAAUUUUGAAGGAAGUGAAGAGAGGCAAGCUCUUUUCCAUGGAGAUCAUGCCAAUAAUAUUGCAUACAUCCAGCAGGCUGCAAAUGCAGCUAUCACUGGUGCAAUUGGGUCCUCUGGUUAUGGAUCUCCUCCAGUGAACAAAAAAAGAAAAGGCCAGGAGCUUUUCUUUGCGUCAACGGUUAAAGAUCCUCUUAACAGGCUGGGACAGUUCCAGCAGGCAAAUCACAUGAAGACUACUGUACCCUCUUCGACGCUAUCUUCAAUUCCUGGUGCUCGUUUAGGUAAUCCUGCUGGAAUGGGCCCUUCAAAAUUUACAUACAGGUCUCUCUUAGCUGACAUUAUACAACCUCAAGAUUUGAAGGAACUUUGCUCAGUUUUGGUUGUGUACUCAGCAGAAGCAGCGAAGAUGCUUGCAGAUGAAAGAAAUGCAACAGAAAGGUCGUCACAAGAACAUAGAGAAAGUCACCUUGCUUCGACUCAAGACCAAUCACAAAACCAAAAGGAUUUGAGUGUUGCCGAGAAAGCUAGAUUAGCUGAUUCUUUUGAUGGAAACUCCUCUGAGAAAAUUGGCCCUGAUGAAUCUGUUUCCGAUGGUGCUGAUGUUUCAAAAAGUAGACCGAUGUCUCCGGGAACAUUGGCACUGAUGUGUGACGAACAAGAUGCCAUGUUUACUACAGCUGCUUCGCCGAGUGAUUUGACGGGCCAGAGUAACAUGUCCUGUCAGUUGCCUCAUGGGCAAGGACUAACUGAAGCCUAUGCAGAACAAGAGAGAAUUGUUUUGACAAAGUUUCGUGAUUGUCUUAACAAGCUUGUCACUUUAGGAGAAAUUAAAGAGACAAAGUGCUCGUCAUUCGCAAGAAGUGAAUCAAGUAAUCAUAGAGACCUAGUCAGCAACGGGAGUGCCAGUGUCAGAAAUGAAACAUGGAAUCAGCACGAACCGUUGAGCAAUGGCAUCCCCAAGUCUACCAUUCCUCCCCCACCAAGGACACCCCAGAUUGUUACUUCUGCAGGUACUGCUACUAGUGACCUACUUCCGAAAAUUCCAUCCUCCGUUGAAAAUGGGGAUGUAAAACCAAAACCUGAAAAAGCACUGUAAAAAGAAUUAGAACAGGAAAUUUGCCCAUAGUUAUGCUGCCAUAUCUGUAAUUUUAUACCGUCAAUUUAUUCGGCUUUCCGCUGAUGCCGCAGCAAAAUCGUUUUAGGGAGACCAUUAGUAAAACUGACCAGAGUCGUACAUUUUUUAUUAACUCAAUGAAAAUUU